AUGUGAAGUAAGACGGUAUAUCAUAUCGAUUUGGAAUAAUAGAGCUGGAUAUUAUUUUAGAUAACAACAUUUAUGGAUAUAACGAUGAUGUCAAAUAAAGCUAUGUUCCUAUUGAUUCUGCUUUUACAAUUUGAAAAAGCAGUGGCAAUUCACGCUGAAAUAGAAGAAUUAAUUGAACAACAACAACAGGAUGUCGUUAUAACAACAGAGGCAUUAACAAAGAGUGAAACUCAAAACAUCGUCAUCGCAAAAGAGAUUUUCCCAAUACAAAAUCUUGACGUUCAUGGCGACCCUGGGACCGAGUCCGUGUGUAAAUACAGGGGUGAAUGUGGUGGGUCUAGACAUGGACCUUGUCCCGAAGGCUCGUCGUGUGAAAAUAUUCCUGGCAUACAGGUCGGCUGGUGUUGCCAGACUGAACCUCAGACAAGUAAAUAUUAAAUGUUAUUAAACUUUUCAUAUUUAUUUCAAGUAUUAAAGCGUAAGAAAAUCAUAUGCAUGUACAACAAGUUUAAUGAAGAAAAUGAAA